AAAUUUACGCUUCAAAAUAUUUAAAUUAAAUGUGUAGGAGAUAAAUUUUGGGUGGAAGUAUUUGACAGUUAUUUAGUCUUUCUUUGUGUUGAAUGUCAUCCGAUUCCGAUCCGCCAUCUCUUUUGACUCUGUAUCAUUAUCAUUCAAAGAAAUGGAAGCUUUGGAAUGCCGGAAGCUCGGCGAUCCAACAAUCCCACCGGAUUCCUCCCAAAACUCACCUCUCACUGUCUCAAAGUCUUACCCAAUCCCCAAACUCAUCUCUUCCACUUCAAUCAGAGUUCGAAUCAAUUACACCAGCUUGAACUAUGCCACAUACCUCCAAGUCCUCGGUAAAUAUCAAGAAAAAUUGCCUCCGCCCUUCGUUCUUGGCUCCGAUUACUCCGGCGUCGUCGAAUCCAUUGGUUCCAAUGUCACCAAAUUCAAAAUCGGAGAUCCUGUUUGUUCCUCAGCGGCUAAAGGUUCUUUCGCCCAAUUUAUUGUCGCGGAAGAGAAUGAAUUGUUUGGAGUUCCUGAUGGGUGUGAUCUGGUGGCUGCUGCUGCGAUUCCACUUGCCUAUGGAACUUCUCAUCAGGCAUUGCUUCAUAGAGCUAAUCUUAGAUCUGGACAGGUGUUGCUCGUUCUUGGAGCAUCUGGAGGUGUUGGUCUUGCAGCUGUUCAAAUCGGAAAGAUUUGUGGUGCGAUUGUCAUUGCCGUAGCUAGAGGAUCCAAGAAAGUAGAGUUUUUGAAGUCAGUGGGUGCGGAUCAUGUUGUUGACUUGAGCAACGGAGGUAUGAUCAAAAGCGUGAAAGCAUUUUUGAGAGGGAAAAAGUUGAAAGGUGUUGAUGUUCUGUACGAUCCAGUUGGAGGCAAACUUACGAAAGAAAGCAUGAAGUUGUUGAAUUGGGGAGCACAAAUUUUGAUUAUAGGAUUUGCGAGCGAUGAGGUCCCUCUCAUUCCUGCUAAUAUUGCACUUGUUAAGAAUUGGACAAUUCAUGGAUUCUACUGGGGGAACUAUGAAGCAAUAAAAGCAGGUGGAAUAGAAGAGUCUGUGAAGGAGCUGCUAUCUUGGUUGGCAAGGGGCUUGAUUACCAUCCACAUUUAUCAUUCAUACAAACUCCAAGAGGUCAACCUUGCAUUUUUAGAUAUCAAGGAGAGGAAAGUAAUUGGGAAGGUCAUGAUUACUUCUACUUCUACUUCUACUUCUACUUCUACUUCUAGGCUCUAAGUAUAAGUAGUGUCCUUCUAGUUGUAUUCCGAUUUUAAUUUUUCUAGACUCUACUCUUCACUUCAAAAAUGUAUCCAUCCAUAAAUGGUGAAAAAUACUUCUAUUAAUUAA